AUGGGGAACAUUUUUGGGAAUUUGUUGAAGAGCCUCAUAGGAAAGAAGGAGAUGAGGAUCCUGAUGGUGGGCCUUGACGCAGCAGGAAAAACUACAAUCCUCUACAAGCUCAAACUGGGGGAAAUAGUUACCACAAUCCCAACCAUUGGCUUCAAUGUGGAGACAGUGGAGUACAAGAACAUCAGCUUCACUGUGUGGGAUGUGGGUGGGCAGGAUAAGAUCCGUCCCCUCUGGAGACACUACUUUCAAAACACACAGGGUUUAAUCUUUGUGGUAGAUAGCAAUGACAGAGAGCGUGUCAACGAAGCGCGAGAAGAGCUGAUGAGAAUGCUGGCUGAGGAUGAGCUGAGAGAUGCCGUGCUCCUCGUGUUUGCCAAUAAACAGGACUUGCCUAACGCCAUGAAUGCCGCCGAGAUCACAGACAAAUUAGGAUUACACUCCCUGCGCCACCGUAACUGGUAUAUCCAGGCCACCUGUGCCACGAGCGGCGACGGCCUCUACGAGGGCCUCGAUUGGCUGGCCAAUCAACUCAAGAACAAGAAGUAG